CAGUGAUGGCGGCUUCGUUUCGUUCUCUCCCUGCAAGCUGUAAUAACAAAUGGUACUACACUCGGCAACAGAUCGACAACAGCCCAUCUCGGCGAGCGGGACUUGAUCCGGACAAGGAGCUGUCCUACAGACAACAGGCGGCGAACCUGCUCCAGGACAUGGGACAGCGGCUCAAUGUGUCCCAACUUACUAUUAAUACAGCCAUUGUGUACAUGCAUCGAUUCUACAUGGUCCAGUCUUUCACCAGAUUUCAUAGAAAUGUUAUUUCUCCUGCCGCCCUUUUCCUCGCUGCAAAGGUUGAGGAGCAGCCCCGAAAGCUGGAGCAUGUUAUCAAGGUGGCCCAUGCAUGCCUCAAUCCUCAGGAGCCUUCACCAGAUGUACGCAGCGAUGCCUACCUGCAACAAGCCCAAGACCUGGUCAUUCUUGAGAGCAUAAUACUCCAGACCUUGGCUUUUGAAAUCACCAUUGACCAUCCACAUACUCAUGUUGUCAAGUGCACUCAGCUUGUCAGAGUUGUUCCAGCGAGUAAGGAUCUGGCUCAAACAUCUUACUUCAUGGCCACCAACAGUCUGCACUUGACCACGUUCUGCCUGCAGUAUAGUCCCCCGGUUGUGGCUUGCGUGUGCAUCCAUCUUGCCUGCAAGUGGUCCAACUGGGAGAUCCCUGUGUCUACAGACGGCAAACACUGGUGGGAGUAUGUUGAUCCCACAGUUACCCUCGAGCUGCUGGAUGAGCUCACACACGAGUUCCUGCAGAUUCUGGAGAAAACACCCAGCCGGUUGAAACGGAUUCGCAAUUGGAAGGCUGGAGGCCAGACACCGAAAGCCAAGCCAAAAGUCCAGGAGGAGGGCGACCAGAGGGACACCAUGAUGAGCAUGAUCUCUAUGGCGUCAUCAGAGAGCACCGUGGCAGGCUUAAUGAGCCUCUCGGCUCCACCAUCCUCCUCCUCUUCCUCAUCCGUUGGUGACAAAGACAGAGUUGCAUCUGGCAGUGCACCGACUUGGAGUGGAAAAGGACAAGCAGCAUCUGAGCAGCCGCAACAACAGCAACAGCCCAACAAUGAGGUUCACGCACCAGCUAAGGUGUCACUGAGUGAGUACCGGGCCAAGAAUGCAGACGUCCUGGCUGCUCAGAAGAGGAAGCUGGAGAACAUGGAGGCCAGCGUGAAAAGGGAUUAUGCCAACGCUGCCCAGGCUCUCAUUGGGCAGCAGCAGAGGAAGGAGAAACAGCAGCAUCAUCACCAGCAGUCCAGCGCCUCCUCCUCUGACAUGUCCAACCCAUCGCCCAUUAUUCUGAAAAUCCCCUUAGAGAAGGAGAGGCACGAGAGGACCUCUCUUAAAAUGCGCUUCCCCCUAGCUGGGGGAGGAGGCAGCGGGCACAGUGGCAGCGCCCGUGGCCAGGAACAGGACAUCAAAGUCAGAAUACGAGUGCCUGAGAAGCAAAGGGGGAGUUCAGGGGAGGAGGGCAAGAGCAGGGACAAGCACAGGGAACGAUCUAACCACCAUCACCAUCAUCACCACCACCACCACCAUUCCUCUUCUAGCAGUGCCUCACUCUCCUCUUCUCACAAACAUUCAUCUAGUUCUAGCGGGACUGUAGGAAGCAGCAAAAAAGUCCCUAGCGACUCCUCUAGAACAGGUUCUUCAUCCUCGUCUACAUCACGUAAGAGGACACACUCCCAAGAUCCCACAGCAGGCACUCACCCUCCCUCUAAAGUCAGCAAAUCUUCUAGGAAUCCCUACCAGCUACCGUCCCUGUCUUCCUCCUCUGGGCAAACUCUUGGUCAUGGCUCUGACAUUCUCCCCAAUCUGGGCCUCCCCCACCACCAAGGGAGCUAUCCGCACUCCAAAGGUGACAAGACAGACACUAAUGGGCACGGUGCAGCAGGUGGGGCCCAGUCAAAUGAGUACCAGGACACUUUUGAAAUGCUGAACUCACUUCUGAGCGCACAGGGGGUCCAGCCAUCCCAGCCGUCCAUGUUUGACUACAGAUCCCAGUAUGGGGACUACCGGUACAGUGGUGGCUCCAGAGGGAGCAACCCCAGACCCCCACCCCUCCCUUCAGAACCGCCUCCCCCACUGCCACCAUUACCCAAAUAAGUUCCUCAUCAGGAGGUAAAUUAUGUACAUUGUACUUGACAUCAUGAACAUCCAUCUUGUUACAUAAAGUAUUGUAUAAUGUUUGGUUUUUUAACUCACCUAGCAUUUUUUACAGGCCUCAGUGUGACAGCAGUGAAAUGUACCAGUGAGAUAAAUGAGUUUUCAACCUUUUUCUUUUUACUCGUGGGGCAAUAAUGAGAGGCUUUAAAAGCUGGCAAAAUGUGUGAGGGGGAAAAAAAAAAAAACAAGAACACGAAAGUGUAAAUAAUAUUUUUUGCGCUUGUUUUACUCAGAUGAAAUGUGAUGAUGGGACCUGGUAUUUUUUGAAUCACUGUUUUGGAGUUUGGAGGAAGUCAUUAUCUUGAAAUCAUGAGGAAACUAAAAGAUUUCCAUCACAUACCUGUUAAGUCUUCUUACUGAUUGUCUUUUAUAAUGUUUUUAUAGUAUGUUAUUUAUUAAUUGAAUGCUUUUAAAGAAAAAAAACAGUCCCCCCUUUUCUACCUUUUUUAAGGUUUCCCCUCUUUGUUCUUUUCAGAGAGAUAUUUCUUCAUCAAAACUGUACAGGCUAGUUUGACAGUGCAUGUCUCCAAAGCCAUCGUUUCAAUAUUUUUUCUUUUUUUUUUCUUUAAAGUUUCCUUUUUUUAACAGCCAUAACUAAAAAAAACUAGGUGAUCGCCCACCCCUGGUGUUUAUCUAUUUUAUCUCCUCCAUUAUUUGGUAAACUUGUACAAAGACUGUAAAAUGUUUAAAACAAACAUGAAAUAUUUUUUACAUUUUGUUAUGAAAAAUUGCAACAAAAAAAAAAGAUGUAAAUUAAGGAAGGUUGUACUGUUUUUUUUUUUUUGGUUUUUAGAUUUUGAGUGAUGCAGUCAUUGUUUUAAAUGGUUGUAAAAUAUUCAUAUUCUGUUCUCUAAUGAUCACACUAAUGGACAAAGUUCAUACCAAGGAUAUUCAUCUAUAGUUUAUCAAAGGGUUCAAACAUAUCUACACGGUAUGGUCACAAUGAAGGAAUUAACAACAUUAAAAAAAAAAAUCCCUCCAGAGAAGAAAUGUGAGUUUUUAAUCCUGUCAUGUAAUUUGUCACUUGUUCAUCAGUUUCCUCUGGAGGGGGAGUCUUUUUUAUGGUGAUCACAGCCAGAAAAUGGGCAGAAUAUAUAGACAAACAUUUUAAGAGGUGCUUGCAUCAGCACUAUCCUGAAACUGUGCCGGUUUUUCUUUGUGGUGACCAUAUCGAUCACAGUCUACAAUAAAAGUAUUCACAAUACACUAUAUCAAAGACUAAACGAACACCAUCUGUCUUGUUUUUUUUACGGUUGUCUUUCAUUUAUGCAUUUCCCUAUAGGGAUGUUUUAAAAUGUGUAAAUCCCAGUGUACGUCUGUCAAUUCAUGCUGGUCUGAUUUAAUCAUGUUAAAGCUGUCUUUUGACUUCACACCUUCGAACACAACAGUCUGAUUGUUUAUAAUCCAUCUGUAAGCCAUGGGUCAUCAAAAAUGUUUGCACGUGUCUUUUAUUUGUGUAAAUCACAACACGGCAAGCAGGUUAUCGACAUACCUCCACGACAGGGUCACGAGCAUGAAGUAUAAUCUCUAAUUAAUUUGAAUUAAUGAUGAAUUUGUGUUUUGAGCAAAGAGGAAGAGGUGCCCUCUGUUGAAUCGGGUAUCAUCUGUACAUUUAAUUCAUACUAAGCUUUAUGUGGUUUUGAUUGUAUAGUAUUACUGCUCUUUACCUGCUUUCUUUUAUCAGUUUGUAAUCAAAAACUCAUUUGUUUAGGCAGUCCACAGUAAUGCAGUACAACAAAUCAUCAGCCAUACAAUUGUAAAAUAUUUUUGUUCCCUUGAUUAUAUGGAAGAUAAGCUGAAGAGAGUACAGCUCUUUGCUCAGGCAGCAGAGGUUUUAUUGGUUAUUCAACUUUUAUUGGUUGUAACAGGGAAACAGUAAAUGCACUGAAUAUUUAUCUCAGUAGGUUUGCCUACGAUGCAAUUGACAAAGUGUUACAUGUAUAAUGGUUAGCCUAUUAGAAUAGAUGUCCAAUGUAUCGCCAUUUUGUUUUUGGGAAAUUGUUUUAUUUGAUUUGGACAAAUCUUCCAAUUUAAGUAUUAACUUUUUGCUGUAAUAAAGUCAAAAAGAAGGACAUGCAUUUCAAAAUAAAACCCAUAUGGAAGACACUCAUGCAACCUAACAAUGCAAAGUCACAUAGCUACAAUAAGUUUUCAUGUUUUUUUCAUGUCUUGGUGUUUUAGUGACACUCAGGUCUGGAAAUUAAACGUUUUGGGAUUUUCUUCUGUUUUCUGUUGAAACCUUACAUGUGAACACUGUUCUUUUUGAUAUAAUGUGGUUGCUUUAUUCUCAAUUAAAGUCAAUAAAUAUUUUAAGAAAA